AGAGAUAUGAUAAGUUUUUUUUUAUAUAAUGUAUGGCUGAAAACUUAAGAAAUGGAAUAUUCUCUCCAUAUUUCAGUUUCAUAUGAAUAAUCUUGAAGUCUCAUAAUGGCGGUUCCAGCGGAGACUAUAACCUGCCAUGUGGUGGCGAUACCAUAUCCGGGCAGAGGCCACAUCAACCCCAUGAUGAACUUUUGCAAGCUCAUUGCUCUCCGCCACCCUUCGGAUUUCGUUAUAUCAUUUAUUGUGACCGAAGAAUGGCUGGGAUUCAUUGGGUCUGAACCCAAACCGGAUAACAUCCGGUUUGCUACAAUUCCUAAUGUUAUCCCAUCUGAAGUGAACCGGGGAGUUGAUUUCCCUGGAUUCUUAAAUGCCACCCAAACAAAUAUGGAACAUCCGGUCCAGCAGUUGUUGGACCGGAUGGAAGUUCCAAUAAGUGUAAUUAUAUAUGAUACUUAUCUUGUUUGGGUGUUAAAUAUGGGCAAACGAAUGAAUAUCCCGGUUGCGAAUUUGUUCCCAAUGUCAGCUAUGACGUUCUCUAUGUGUUACCAUUACCAUCUCCUAGUUCAAAAUGGCCAUGCUGGAGAUAAUUUCUCAGAAAAUGUUGAAGAAAUAGUAGAUUAUGUACCUGGAGUUCCUCCGAUUCGCGUGGCUGAUCUUGUGACAUGUUUAAAUGGCAAAGGCAAAGAAGUUUGGCACAUAGCUUCAAAAGCCAUUUUAAUGGCCACCAAGGCCCAGUUUCUUCUUUUUGUUACAAUUCACGAGCUCGAACCCCAAGCCAUUGAUACUUUAAAAUCUGAGCUUUCCAUACCUGUUUAUGCCAUUGGGCCUGCAAUUCCUUACUAUAGUUUGGACGAUGUGGGAAAUGACCAAAAUACCCCUGACUACAUCAAAUGGUUAGACCAGCAACCCGAUGGUUCGGUGUUGUACAUUUCACAAGGGAGUUUUCUUUCGGUCUCAAAUGCCCAAUUGAAUGAAAUCAUUGCAGGCGUGCACGAUAGUGGGGUAAGGUAUAUGUGGAUUUCACGUGGAGAAACGUCUCAGUUUAUAGGUGAAAAUGACACAAAAGGGUUGGUUGUACCUUGGUGUGAUCAGUUAAGGGUGUUGAGUCAUGCAUCUGUAGGGGCCUUUUGGUCACAUUGUGGCUGGAGUUCAAUGAAAGAAGCUGCUUUUUCAGGAAAGCCUGUGCUCACUUUCCCCAUUUUUUGGGAUCAACCCCCAAACAGUAAGAUGAUUGUGGAAGAUUGGAAGAUUGGCAAGAAAGUUUUGAUCAAAGAAGGUGUUUUGGUUACUCGGGAAGAAAUUGCAGCACUCAUACAGAACUUGAUGGAUUGGGAAAGCGAAGAGGGGAAGAAGAUGCAGAAACGAGCAAAAGAAGUCAAGAAUAUUUGUCGACAAGCAACCGCUGUGGGAGGGUCUGCUCAAAUAGAUAUCGAUUUGUUCAUUUCUGACAUUUUAAGAAAUCGUGACAACGAUGAGUGACCUAUGUAUUAAACGGUCUCCCUUUUAAUCAAACAAAGCUGUAAGAAGCAGAUGUUCCUGGUUCUUAAAGUUUUAGUACUACUUCAGUGGACAUAUACAUUUAGGCUGAUUUCUGAAAUCUUUGGUUUUAGUUUGUUUUGGGUAUGAUUGUUCUAUGCAACAAGAAGAUUAGUAUUCUCAAUUUUCUAUGUUUAUUUAUUCA